AUGAGGGAGUGUGACUGGGUGUGCACGCACCUGUUGGGUGUGCUCGCUGUCUGCACUGCCAAUCGAUUCAGUGAGAAGGAGGGGCGUGGGGAGGCGCGGAGGGCAGCAUGGGCGCCCGAAAUUCCUGGCUCGAGUGAAAACGAUGCUAGCUUGGUUGGCACGACACAGACACCGCUCCACAUUGCGUCAUUGGCACAGAGAUGUGGUAGCUCUCAGUGCGCAGCCGUCGAUGGGUUUCCGGAGAUGCACCCUUCUUUUGACAGCAGUAGGACAACCGCCCAAACACCCGAUGCAGCGGGAGGAGUUUUGGAUAAAAUGAGAGGCCCGUCCGUCGGCUCUUGCACCCGCACACCUGGCUCGUGCUCCCUCUCGCCUGGCGAGUUGCUGAUUUUGAAUUUGGUCUGGGAGCGGCGGACUCAGGUCGAUCGCCUGUCAAUAAUGGCCGACGGACGGGAUUGCGACGCGACCAAAGAUGCACGCAGGGGCUGGAGGGCGCCACGACGAUGUGUUGAUGUAACAUAG